CAAUAACAGCUGUUCCUCGUAGUAUUUUGUUUUUGUGCGUGUUGAAAAAACUAAAGAAUUGAGUAUUGACACUUCAAAAUCAAGUACCUAUCAAGACAACACAACAAUUCAACGUGACUAACCUACGUGCCUGAUAUUAAUUAUUAUUGUUAAUUCUCAAUUAAAAUGGAUGAAAUAGAGUACAAAUUGAAGACUAAUACGACAGUAUUAAUUGUUAAUGCAAUUGAUAAGUUAAUAUUUUCAAUACAAUCAAAAUAUAAGCCGGCUGAUCGUCAAAAGUUUAUUCUGGAGAAUGAAGAAUUAAAGUUUUUAAGGCUAAAAUGUUCAUCUCCAGAUCCAGUGGUAAGCCUUACUGCUUGCCAAGGCUUACUGUCUCUUGUUGAACUGAAUAUUUUAGAAAUAGCACACACAAUGUCAACCGUUGUUUCACUUAUACCAACGGCACACAACUUUUCUGCUAUAGUAUCAACAAUGGCAGGGCUGCUAGUGUUGGACCUGAGGCCACGUUUGAGAGCAAAUGGUGUAAAGGGUUACCAGUGUCCAUUCUCACUGAGGUCCCCACAGCACCCAUUCAUAACUGUCUUAGAGAAAAACAAGCAAGUUGAGGAUGACAUUUUCUCACAAAUGCAUGCACUCUGUGUGCAUCCGGAUUCUCUUGUAUCUCGUCAUAGCCCAGAAAUGCUGCGACCAGUGUUCCUCUGGCUCACAUGCAACCCGAAGCUGGUCACACAGAGCACAAGACCUUGGCAACUACUGCUUAGUCUACCGGAAUCUAAAGCACAAUCGUCCCUUUUGAUGACUUGCAUCAGCUGCCAACAGGUUAGUAAUCCGCAGUUGGUCGAGAGGGCACUGGCUGUUUACCUCGUGGUUGCAGACGUUGUCAUCUACCAACAACAGACUGCUGUAGUGGUAGCACUCCUGCCGUUGCUGGCACGGCUCAGUGCUGAACUCCUCACAUACGGUCGCGACCCUCGUUCUUGCUACGCCUUGAUCAAGCGCUGCUUCGGUCUGGACGCGGCGAAACUAAAGUGCGUGUCGGGGCCCACACUUAUGUUGCUGGCAGAGAAUCUAUCGCGAACCCCCGCGCUCUAUCUCUACGAACUACUUGAUCUGUGUUUGAACAUCAUUACAAAACACAAGGUAUCCAAUGUGUAUCUCAAUUCCCUCGUCGCUCUCUCACUACAGUGGCUCCACAGACCUUCUGUCCUGACAACAGGCGCCCUCGAAGUAGCUUCCAAAAUAUUAAGUCAUUACGAAAGUGUUAAUGGAAUUAUUGACACAAAUUGUUCAAUUAGUCACCGGGAAGAAAUUAAAACAGAUAACUUCUUAUACUUUCAAAACUUAAAGUCUAACAGCUAUUUCCAGAAUUUGGUUUUCACCGACGGCCAUUUGAAAGUCCUAUGCGAAAUUCUUCACACAUGGGAAAGGGUUCAAGAUAACCCGGCUAAAUUGAGAAGUUGGCUCGAUAAUUUGGAGAAGUGUAAUAGCUAUGUAAAAUUUGAAUUGCUAUCAUUUUUUGUCGGAUUGGUUCUGGAGAUGCGAUUGGAUGAAGAACUCGUUAUAAAGGCAAUAAGAGUAGUUGUUGAGAUGGUGGGUGUUAAGAAGGAGCUGUCCGUGACAGUCCUUCCUAUGUUGGUGUACAAGAUGGGCCACGACCCCCGGCCCGCUGUGAAGUUGGAGUGCCUGAGGGGGAUACCUGUUAUGGCUGCUAGGGAAAAUGUUCCCGUAAUUCUAUCGUUGCUGAAUAAAUUAAACAAAAACGAAGGCCUGCCAACGUCUCUGCUGAUUAAAAUCUACGCCAGUUUGGCUGAACAGCAGGCGCGGUGUUUCCCCUAUCUCCAAGAACUGUUGGCUAAUAGAGCCGUUCGCUCCACCGACAGCAAGUGGGAGAUUGAUAUUGCCAUUGCGAUCGCCGUCAAGAGACUGUGCGACUUGAGACCUUUAACCGACGGUGUUGCGCUGGUGUCGGUUAUAUCUUCGUUACUGAACCGAUGCACCGAUCAAUCCCAGGCGGUGGCCACGUGCACAGCACUUGAGGCCCUCGGGGCCCUGUGGAGGAGCAACGCUGUGGCCCCGCCCGGUACCUGGCGGGCGUUGGAGCCCCGACUGGGAAAGGAUAGAAGGCCGACUGUACAGAUAAGUUUAUGUAAACUCUUGUCGGAGAUACCGGCUCUGAGGGUCGCGACCACGGAAUACGAUCAGUUGGUGGGUGAGGGAGCGGCUCGUCUGUGGCGGUUCAUGGCGGAGGCGGAGCAACCUGCGGUUAUCGAGGCGGCGUGUGGGGCCCUCGCGCACUACAGGACGGCCGACUAUCAGUUGAAGCACGUGCCUGAGAUUUACCGACAAACGGUGAAGCUACCACCGUCAUACUGUAAGACUCCAAUAGACGCCGCUCGAAGACCGGAGGAUGUCCUCGACUACAUACCAUGUGAGGUCUGGCCCGAGGUGUUCAAGUUCACCAAUCAGAGCGCACUGAAUGGAGUGCAGCACCUGGUGUCCCGGCUGAUGGAGAGGGAGAUCCGGAGCUACCGAGCUGGAGUGUACCAGUUGGAGAGCGGGCGAGAGCCGCAGACUGCGUCUAAGCUGCCGGCAUCCAGCGUGGUGCGCGGAAUCAUGGACUUCUUCCGGAAACAUACAGCUUCCCCAUCAUACGACAUCAGCGAGGCUGUUCUGCUGUCGAUGCUGCACACUCUGUGUUCCGACUUCCCUAAGCCGCUGCCCCCCAUGGACCUGUGCUUCGUGCACGAGCUGGUGCACCGCGGAUCCACCUGGCGUGCGGGCUGUUGGUCGCUGGCCAGCAGGCAGGCGCUAGCCUCACCUUCGGCAAAGCGACUGGUGGAUAACUUCCUGCGAGGGUUUGAAGAUGGGAAUAAUGAGGAAUCCGAAGUGACACUUCUGUUUGAUAACCUGGCGGUGUUGUGUCGCACCAUGCCACCUAACAGUGUGCGGCCCGCGCUGGAGAGGUGUUUGGCGGACGCGCACGCCGCGUCUCAGGCACCCGUUCCCGUGGAGGACCUGCUCUUUGUGAAGCAGCUCAGGAGUAUAAAGGCAUGUCUGGAGAGUGAGAAGAUCCACGAGGCUAACAGGAUGUUGCUGUGUCAGAUCAUCGAGGGCUACUUCUCUCUCAUCCCUGACGACAGCAAUAUAUGGGCGGAGUACGUGUCGUGUUGCGGAGCGCUUCCCACCAAGUACCUAGAGCGGAUGACGUCACCUUCGGGAUGGUGGGAGGUGAGCGGCGACCUCGUGCGCAAGUGUGUAAGCGUGCGCAGUUCGCUCGCGGCACUCACCGAGUGCACAGCUCCGCUCCUGUGGCUCAACGAGGCCAUCGACGUGUGCGCCACUCAACCUGCAGAACAAGAGUUUUCCCUCCGUCACAUUAUGAGCGCGUUGCGUGCCAGCGACCCAGACUCGCAACCCACCAAGGACUGGUUUCUGCAGCUCAUGGCUCGAGCCCAGGUCGCCUUCAGUGAAAGCGAGAAUGAGUCAAGCAAGUUGUAUAUAUGCGACGUGUUCAUGGUGGCGGUGAUAGUAUUGAGCGGUGGCUGGUCCUUCGAGCCGGACGUGGAACUGGUCGCCACCAGCCGCCAGCACCGGUACCACGUGCUGCCGGCCGCGCUCUACCUCCUGCUCGCUCGGGACGCUUGGAAGUCUGUCGCCAAUGAGAUUUGCGAGUGGGUGUGUCACACGCGGGAAGCGACGAGAAACGAGUUACGCAAUUACCAGGAGGUGGACGCUUGCGUGGCACUUGGACGCUCUCUGUUGCCGUUGCGAGCCGAGCCCUUCGCUAACAAGAUGUGGACGAGACUUACCUGCGAGUGGGUAGGCGACUAUAUGACAAACACAGAACAACCAACUAUGGGGCAAAGAGAACACGUGGCUGAAUAGUAAUGAAAAUGAUGAAAUUAAUAAAUUCAAAGCCGAAUGACUGAAGACUGCCGAAUACUAUAAGAACAAUAUUUGUAACCUCGAUGUUUAAUAUAUUAUAUAAUUUAAUUAAUUUUUGAUAUAUAUAUUUCUUUUGUGCGUCUGUUGUAACUGAACUCCUAAACUGGACCGAUUUUAAUGAAACCUUCUGUGUGUCUUCAGGUGGAUUCGAGAAUGGUUUAGAUUCACAAUUGAACUACUUCCUAAACGGCUGGACCGAUUUUGAUGAUCUUUUUGUGUGUUGCAAUGAAAAACUAUGUAUGUUGUUAAGGCUUUGGUUUUAAAGUUUACCUGUAAAGGAGUUUAAGAACAGCAAUUGCAUUGUUGUAACUAAUAUUACCAUAAACAUUUGAUAUAUAUAUUUAUCAGUGUAAAUAAAAAGUAAUCUAUGUUUC